GAAAGAAGCAUUCAUUUUCUGCCGUCGCGUUAGUUUCGCACAUACGGAGAGUGUGAGAAGAAAAUUAGAAUCUGCCUCACCAGGAACAAAGAAAAGUGCGAAAUUUAUCUUUUCCGAAUGCGGCGUAACGUAGUAGUGCGUUGUGUGCUGGUGCGAACAUAGAAUGAGUGCAUUAAUCUUCCGCUUGGGAUCGAAAUUGCCUUCCAGUUGAGAUGUAUAAAAAAUGAAUGAGGGCGAUACGGCGGGAGGGCAACGUGGUCGAAACCUGGCCCUUCCUGCUGGGAUUCAUCGAAAAACAUCAACUAAUAGUAAUACUGUCCAGCUAACUACUGGCACGCACGAUUCCACUAUACCAAUGUCUCGCUCGUUAAAUGAAGACCAACAGCAGCAACUGGAACAGUCUCAACAACAGCAUCAGCAGCAACAACAACAGCCGCACCACCACCAGCAGCGGGAGCAACAGCAGCAGGGUCAGCAAAUGCAGCCUGCCGGAACAUCGACGUCAUCGUCAUUGUCGUCACCUCGCAAAGGUUUACCGCAGCAAUCGUCGCCGACAUACCAGCCGUCUCCUAGCAGCAACGUAAAUAUCGCAACAGAUUCAUCUAGCGUACAUCAAUUGUCAUCGGCUCCUUCUCAUACCCUCCAGCAUCAGCAGCAGCAGCAGCAGCAACAACAGCAACAUAAAAACGUCAUUAGUGCUAGCGGCACGGCAGCUAACAGUAGUGCCAGUGGCAGUGUUGAGGCUAAUAAUGCUAACAUUACCAGUACGCCGGGUGGUGAACGAACAGGAAGUGGUUUGUCUGAAAGUGAGGGCGGAGGAAGAGGACGAGGAGGAGGAACCCUCGCCAGUGGUGACAGUGGUGGUGGUGUAGUGGUGUUACAAAGUACACAACACGAAAGUGCAAGUGUUGGUGGAAGUGAAGUUCCUGGCGACGAAAGUACGUUUGUUGUGGCGGAGAAGCGCAGAAUCGAGAGUACGGGUAGUGUAACAGAGGUGGGCGGUAGGGCUAGUGAGGGAACUGGUGGAACGAGUGGGGUGGGGAAACUGUACACUAAAACAAACACUGCAUCAUCCUUUGCGUCGGCUGCUGCUGGAGGCCCAGCGGUAUUGGCCGUUGGUGGCGUUGCAUCUGCAGCAGCUGCCGGUGGUUCUGCCACGGUCGUAUCGAAAAAGCGCAUCAAGCUUGAGUCGGAUCCAGAGCAUGACAUCAGCGUUCUAAAGAAACUAAUUCUGGAACACAAGUACAUGCGAUUACGCAGCAUCAAAGAGAGAUACAAUGAACAUGUAGCCGAACUGUUUUUUCUUCAAACCGGCGGCAAUAUGAUGGAAUAUCCUGUAUGGAGAAAGAAGCCACCAACGCCCGCAUUUACAAAUUUCAUACGCUCGUACAAGCUGGAACCAUUGUCUAGCAAUCUGGAAGAGGCCGGAGAAGCACUGAAGCAGCAGUCAACCCGUUCGCUCAGCGGCAUUUCUACUACGCCCGGUAGCAGCUGCAACAUCGUCGGUAGUGUAACACCGGCAGGUGGUAAUGGUAGUGGCGAUGAUACUGUGACUGGUUUACCACAGGGAGCGGAAAUCAAAAUACCCGGUGUGGGCGCAACACCGGUUGCCGUUUCGACCACCCUGCCUGCCGCCGUCGCGCAACUUAGUCAGCAAGGUGGUACGCCGAUUAUUCCCGACCGAAUUGGUAUUGGUCUUACAUCAGCAACUUCAACCAGUGAUAGAAAAAAACAAAUUUCCACAUCCGUUGGUGCGCAUAUUGUAAAGAGCGAAUUGCUUGAAGGCGGAAACACGUCACCGGCCCUUGCAUGUGGAACGAAUGGGCCGAACUUGUCAAGCAUUCGUGGAGGUGUUACCGUUUCCAGCAAUCGGACUAGCAGCACCGCCGGUAUUGGAGGAUCGUCAUCGAGGAGCCUUAAUACCAUCCAGCAGAACGGACCUGGGCUUGGUAACGGAAGCAGCAACAAUGCAACGUCUGGAACAUUGGCCGGUCAACAACUUGCGGCUGCCAACUCGAGCGGAAAUAGCAACGGAGCCGACCAAUACACCAACAAAGCCCGCCAGGAGGUGUUUGUUAUGCAGCGUGUACAGGAACUGCAAAAGGAAGGACUAUGGACGGAAAAACGCUUACCGAAGGUGCAAGAACCGGGACGACCGAAAGCACACUGGGACUAUCUGCUAGAGGAAAUGAUUUGGCUUGCGGCCGAUUUUGCCCAGGAACGGAAAUGGAAGAAAGCAUGUGCGCGCAAGUGUGCCCGAAUGGUACAGAAACACUUCCAGGACAAGGCGCUAGCAGCACAGCGGGCGGAAAAAGCACAGGAACUGCAACUGAAGCGAAUAGCAGCGUUCGUGGCGAAGGAAAUCAAAACGUUCUGGUCCAAUGCGGAAAAGUUGGUCGAGUACAAGCAGCAGACAAAGCUGGACGAGAAGCGGAAGAAAGCUCUCGACCAGCAACUCAGCUUCAUUGUCGAUCAGACGGAAAAAUACUCGCAGCAGCUGGUCGAGGGCAUGAACAAGACACCGAUGGGCACGCUAACCGCCGGUAGUAAAGCGGAAAGUUUAAAUUCGUCCCGCAUUUCAUCGCCGCUGCGCAGCGGGCUUACCGGUUCGGACGAUGAGUUUCGACCGGAGGCGGAAAGUUCGGACGACGACGAGGAAACGAUCGCGAAAGCUGAGGCGGCAGAGGCGGAGGACGGUACGAAAGAUGAGGUGGCCGCCCUGCAGAAAGAGUCCGAAAUGGAUUUGGACGAUUUUCUGAAGAACCUACCGAAAGAUUAUUUAGAAAAUCGUGAUAAAAUUGUGUUAUCCGAGCCGGACGAUGACGACGGUGACGAUGAAAGUGCUGGGAAAGAAGAUGAGGAAGCUGACAAAGACUUUAGUGCCGAUGAAGAUAGCACGGACUACGAAGAUACGAUCAAGGAGCAGGAAAAGGCGGAACGGAAUCAAGAUCAUAAGAAGGAAAUUGAUGAAUUGAAUGCUGAUAAUGAGAUGAGUAUCGAGGAACUAAUGGCAAAGUACAAACAUCUUCCUCCCGCGGGCGAACAGAUGGAUGUCGAUUCAGACGACGAUACGAUGGAAGAGGAGUCGACCAGGAAUCGGAAACGGCGAAGAACCCGAAGCCAGCCAAUGUCCGACUCGUCACCAUCGGAGGAUGAUGAUAAUAGCGAAGGGCUGACCGGGUCUGAUGACGACGAGGACGAUAUCAGUGAGGAAGAUUCGGACGAUAGUGAAGGAGCGAUGGAAGCGGAAGAGGAAACAUUCGGCUUGAAGAAUCUGCUAGACGAUGAGUCUGGUUCGGCGGCAGUGACGGCGUCGGGCUCGGGCGCAUCCGGCAAAAGUCAAAGCGAUAAAGACGAUAUGUUGAACGAUGCGGCAGCCAUCGCGGAAAGUAUUCAACCCAAGGGCAAUACACUUUCCUCGACCAGCGUUGUGACGCCGAUUCCCACCCUGUUGAAACAUUCGCUUCGUGAGUACCAGCACAUUGGGUUGGAUUGGCUCGUAACGAUGCACGAUCGCAAGCUGAACGGUAUUCUGGCAGACGAGAUGGGUUUGGGCAAAACGAUUCAAACGAUAUCGCUGCUAGCGCAUCUGGCAUGCGUGAAGGGCAACUGGGGUCCACAUCUGAUCAUCGUACCGUCCUCGGUGAUGCUGAACUGGGAGAUGGAGUUCAAAAAGUGGUGCCCGGGUUUUAAGAUACUAACGUAUUACGGUACGCCAAAGGAGCGGAAGCUGAAGCGAACCGGAUGGACAAAGGUGAACGCGUUCCACGUAUGCAUCACGUCGUACAAGCUGGUCAUACAGGAUCAUCAAAGCUUUCGGCGAAAAAAGUGGAAGUAUCUAAUAUUGGAUGAGGCGCAGAACAUCAAAAACUUCAAAUCUCAACGCUGGCAACUGCUUCUUAACUUUCAAACUGAACAACGAUUAUUACUCACCGGUACACCGCUGCAGAACAAUUUGAUGGAACUGUGGUCGCUGAUGCACUUUCUGAUGCCGCACGUAUUUCAAUCGCACCGCGAAUUCAAGGAAUGGUUCUCGAACCCGAUGACUGGCAUGAUUGAAGGCAACUCCGAGUACAAUGAGACGAUUAUCAAGCGCCUUCACAAGGUUCUACGACCGUUUCUGUUGCGGAGGUUAAAGUCGGAAGUGGAAAAGCAAAUGCCGAAAAAGUACGAACACGUAGUAAUGUGUAGAUUAUCCAAGCGGCAGCGUUUUCUCUACGAUGACUUUAUGAGUCGAGCAAAGACGAGAGAAACGUUAGCUUCCGGCAAUCUGCUGAGUGUGAUCAACGUUCUGAUGCAGCUAAGGAAAGUGUGUAACCAUCCGAACAUGUUCGAGGAACGACCGACGAUAUCACCGUUUCGCAUGGAGGGUAUAAGCAUAAAGACGGCCUCACUCGUUUACAACAUGUUCAACUACGAUCCGUUCACUCAAAUUGAUCUGUCUUCCUUAAAUUUAGUUUUAAUACAACUGGAAUUACUGCUGCCCGCGUAUGUAGCCCACCGGACGCAGCACCUUUGCAUGCCGAAACGAUUGAUCGAAGAAAUCGAUUCAACGCCCCUGCCACCGCCACGCUGUCCCACCGGGAAGCUACGAUUGCACGUCCGCAUACCGGACGUACGCGUGCAAGAAUCUGUCGGCAGUGGUAAUCGUGCCGGCAUCAGUGUCCGUACGGGAGUGCGCGUAGGUACCAGUCCAGCAAUGAAGACUGAAGGAACGAAAUUCGUUCCGCUUGUAAAUCAUGAAGCAUCCUUAGAUAAAAAAUCAUCACUCAUUGGUUCGGGAAUCAACACGCGCAUAAUGGACGUACGGAAGCGAGCGUCAUCGACGGUGGUAAUGAUGGUAGGUGGGACGUCAUCAGCAGCACUAGAUGGCAACAGUGUUGUAGGUGGAAUAAGCACCAGCAGAAGUAUGUCGCCCGGUUUAAUUUUGCGCAAACGUAGUGAUAUUGGUGGUGGUAGCGCCAGUCUCAUGUCGAUGGGCGGCGCACAGCAACAACAGAACCGUUUGAACGCGGGUCAAGUUGUGCAGAUCAUUCCUCAGGUAGCAUCCGGCGGAUUAGGUACGAACACGUCCCAAUCUUACAUCAUUACCGGACGGCUGCAACCAGCAGUAAGUGGCAAUAAUCAGACGAUAUUUCACCGGCCCGCUUCAUCGGUUUCGGCGGGUGGCAUCAGUAUGAUUCCGGCCCAACGAAUAGCAACGUUGCAAUCCAAGGGGGUACAGUUAAACACAACCACACCACCCCCCACGACAGCGAGCGUCGGAAGUCGAAUGGUGCAAAAUGUUGGUCAAAAAACGCAAAUCUCAUCCACGCUAGCCGCAACGAUUAUGAAGGAAUUAAAACAACAUUCUUUUUCCUCAAAAAUCAAUGAAAACGAUACGGGCAGAACGUCCGAGGCAGCAGAGAUGGAUGAACGGCAACGGACCGAGUUCUACUUGGCAUGCAUCGAAGAAUCGCGCAAAGAGCGCCGCAAAGAAGUGUUAGAGCUGCUAGGUCGCAUCAAUGCGAAGCGUUGCGAUGCCGCACCAAUCUACGGUAAAGAUCUGCGUGAAACGUUAUGCGCUUUGAUCGAGGAAGAGUUUUUACAGCGAUCUAAUGAGCUCAUUCCGUUCGGCGUUGCCGGUAUGUAUUAUACACGGCGGGCAACGAUGGUGCAUGGAGGAGGCGUUAGCAAUAGUGCGGCACUAGUCGCGAGCUGGAGUCUCUCCGAAGCGAUCAAAACGAUUGACGAUCGGGCGGAUGAACUGCGUGCGAUGAUCUCAAAUUUUGUCCUCUUUGUACCUGCUGUGUGUGCCCCAACGCCAUACCUGCAAGUGUCUCAUCCGCAUCCUUCUAAGCUAAAUGCCGAACAACAUUGGGAGGCAACAAUGGCAGAACAAAUCCAGCCAGCCAUCCAACUGUUGCAUCCGAUUAUAUCUGCCAUGAGUACACAGUUCCCGGAUCCCCGUUUAAUACAGUACGAUUGUGGAAAGCUGCAAACAUUGGAUCGAUUGCUGAAGAAGCUGAAAUCGGAAGGACAUCGUGUGCUAAUCUUUACGCAGAUGACUCGUAUGCUCGACGUGCUGGAAGCGUUUUUAAACUACCACGGACACAUAUAUUUGCGGCUGGAUGGUACGACAAAGGUGGAACAGCGGCAGGUACUGAUGGAGCGCUUCAACAACGAUAGGCGCAUGUUCGCUUUCAUCUUGUCCACCCGGUCCGGAGGCGUUGGCAUUAAUUUGACCGGCGCCGAUACUGUGAUAUUUUACGACUCUGACUGGAAUCCUACGAUGGACGCACAGGCACAGGAUCGUUGCCAUCGGAUUGGUCAGACGCGCGACGUGCACAUCUACCGGCUGGUGAGCGAAAAAACGAUCGAGGAAAACAUUUUGAAGAAAGCAAACCAGAAACGCAUUCUCGGCGAUUUAGCGAUCGAGGGCGGCAAUUUUACGACAGCUUACUUCAAGAGUUCGACCACCAUUCAGGAUUUGUUCACGGUCGAUAAUGCGGAGCAGGAUGCCUCGGCACGUCUGGCCGAGGUGUUGGAUCGUGACCGUGAACGGAAGGAUCGUUUAAAUGCGAACCUUGCGGCGCCUGCCGUACCGUUACCAUCGGCGGGCGAAGUUGAUAGCAACAAAUCGGCGAUAAAUGUGUUUGAAUCGGCGCUGGCUGCGGCAGAGGAUGACCAGGACGUGCAGGCGGCUAAAUUUGCCAAAGCCGAAGCGUCGGCCGAUUUGGACGAGUUCGAUGAGAACAUUCCGAUCGAUGAAGACAAACUGGCGGUGGUUGAUGCUGAUGGCAAGGAGCCGGAGUUGAGCAAAGCGGAAAAGGAAGUUCAGAAUCUAAUUAAACAGUUGAGUCCUGUCGAGCGCUACGCUAUGCGUUUUGUAGAGGACACCGAAGGUACCUGGACUGCGGUACAGUUGAAAGCGGUAGAGCAGGAGAUUGAACAGCAGAAACGCGACUGGGAGGCGAACCGUUUGGCGGAGCAGCGGCGCAACGAGGAAGCGGCACGGAAGCGCGAAGCCGAGGAACAUGCCGACCUGCUGACCUUCUCCCGGGAGGAUGCCAAAAAUCAGAUAUGGAUAUCGGAUAGCACGAUGGAGAAGAUGCCGAUGUGGUGUCCACCAACGCCGCCGCAAGAUGAUAACGAUCUGUACGUGGAUCAUUCGUUGACGUUUUUGUACGAUACAGCGGACAUCAUACCGGAAGGUGAUCUUCCGCCCGUGUACGUUAAGAAAGACUACAAACGUAGCCGUUCGGAGGCCGGGUUCUAUCCGGAUGGACGUCGACCGCCGAAGAUACGGCGCGAGGAUACGUACUACGCACCGCGCUCGCUGUUCGAUCGACCGACGCCACAGAUAGCAAAGCUGCGCAAGGAGUACAAGCUGCAAAGGUACAAGGGCAUCAUCAAACCGUUCCCACCGAUGCUGGCCAUCAAACCGACCACGAUUCCGAUGAAACCACCAGUCGAACCGGAAGGUGGAAUACCGGAAUGGACGGUGUACGAAGAUAUGGCAAUCCUGAACGUGAUACAGAACCUGCAGGGUUUGCCGCUGAAUCUGAUGCUCAUCUCACCCGGUCACGUGCCGAACUGGGAUCUGGUGGCGGACAUUGUGAAUCAAACUUCGCGCACCUAUCGGUUGCCGAAGCAGUGCCGCUAUCGGUACGAAUCGGUCAUAAUGCCGCGCGAGGAGGGCAAACUGCUCGAGAGUCCGAAAAAGCAGAAAAAGAACAAAAAUCCACAGAAACAGUCGCCCACGACGUCGUCCUCUUCGCCACCAUUAACCGCUGGCUCUUCGCCACCGAAACAGAUACGGUCCAUGCGUACCGGGCAGCUGUACACGAACGAUGCGAACGGUUCCUUCAUCAAGCUGAUGCGCCAGAAGUUCGAUAACAUACGGACGGCGUUUGGUAAAAAACCGGCGCUGGGUAAAUCAUCACUUUCCAACGCACUGCCGGUGGCAAUGAAGAAUCCGAAACAUGCGCUGGUGCUUGUUAAACAUGGCAUUAGCGCGUACGAUACACCACUGACACCGGUCGAAAUAGCUACGCGACGUGCUGAGCGAUUCCUGAAGGAAAAACACAAAUUGACCGUCGUUCAGGAGCAGCAGCAAACACAGCAACAGCAAGCACAGGCCCAACAGCAGCAACAGAAUGCACAGCAACAGGCUGCUGCCGGUAAUGCAGUCUCGCAGACCACAGUCGUAGCAGCGUCCGGUCAGCAACAGCAGCAAGUUGUAACAACUACCAUCGUAGGUGUGCAACCGAUCGCAACGAGUCAGCACCAGGCUGUGUCGCACGUACAAACCGUUGUACAGGCACAGCAACAACCCGCUCAGCAACCGUCUGCAGCAACGGUACAGGCCGUAGCAGUCGCAACACCCGCCCAGCAUCUACUUCAGCAGCAGCUACAAAUUCAAGCGCACGCCAUUUCCCAACAGCAAGCGACCGUGCAAGGUCAGCAAAUAACAACUAGCGCGACAGGGCAAGGGCUACAGCAAGCCACAAUCGUUGUGUGCGGCGUAACAACGAAUGCUACCCCGACCGUGGCUACCAUCGUGCAGGCGGGCCGUGCUGCCCAGCCAGUCGUUAACAUCUGUGCCAGUCCGGGCCAGCAGCAGCAACAGCAAACGCAACAGAUCGUUAAAGCAAUCGUUGCCAGCCCGGCAAGCCAGAACUUACUGUCGCAACAGCUGGCGCAGGUGGCCGCACAGCAGAGCAGCAACGCACAGCAGUCCGGCCAGCCGGGACAACCGCAGCAAAUGUCGGUCGUGUUAACCACACCCGUCACUACCAUGUCCGGUGUGAGUACGGUCCAGCUGCCCUCUCAGCCACAGAUCGUAUCGAUCCAUCAGCCGUCGCAAUCGUCACAGCAGCUGCUGCAGGCUGGCAGCGCAACCAUUACGCAAGCCUCACAAUCCUCCAUCGUGAGCCAGAUAGCUGGCCAAUCGAUACCGCAGGUCGUGUCGGUGGCACAGCUCGGUAGCGUGAUGACGACGGGUGCGGCCAGCAGUGCCACUAUACAGCCAACGCAAGUAACCACCCUAACAACUUCCGCCUUGCGCGCUCAGCGCAUUGUGACGCCAACGGGGACGGUGCAGGAGGUGGUACUGCACCAGCGCUCCGGUUCGCAGAGCCCAACCGUGGUCAGUGUGAGCAGUCUCGGUGGUGGAUUAACGCCGGCACAGCUACAAACCGCCCAGCUGCGUUUGUCUAUGGCGGGAGCACAGCAGGUGUCCGGCGUGGUCGCCAAAUCCAUCUCGGUCGGUACGGUAACGAGUGCGGGUAAGCCGGUAAACACGUCACAGUUUCAAUUCUAUCGGCCGCAACCGAUGCGACAGCAGCUUAAGGUAUUACAUCCGGGCACGGCAACACAGGUUGCAACGGCCGGUGGUGCAACGGCAACCGUACUGCAAACUGCUGCCGGUCAACCGACGAUCGUAAGCCCGGCCAUCAUUCAGGGCAACAUCAUCCAGACCGGUACCGUUGGGCAGACGGUACAGGUACAGCAGGCAACUGCUGCCGCUGGUUCGGCCGCCAGUGGUACCGCCGUGGUUCAGAAGGUAUCCGGCGUAACCACCGUAACGGGUGGCAGUGCCGUGACGCAGGUUGUAUCGGCUGCCGGUGGUACGAUUGUGUCACAGACACCGACAGCCGUGGCAACCGGUACCGGCAGCACGAUUGCAACUGUGCAGGUCGUUCCGGGACAGCCACCGCGGAUGCAGUACAUCAAGCAACUCGGUGGCACGAAACAUAUGAUCACACGUCCCGUAACGGAGAACGAGAUGCAACUAAUGGUGAAGCGUCAAAUCAUUAGCCAGCAGCAGCAGCAACAACAGCAGCAACAGCAACAACAACAGCAACAGCAGCACAACAAACAGAUUAUUCCGCAGGCGCAAAUCUUCGCACAGGCAAACCUGCAGGUACAGCAGGCUGGAACAUCCGGUGGGCAACAGAUAGCGACACUGGUGAAAACGUCCGGCGGUACCGUGGCCGCAACCGGCAUGACACUGUCCCACGUCAAACCGGGCCAGCUCAAAACGAUCGGCAACCAGAGCCAGGUUCGGCAGCUGCACAUACAGCAGCAGUUUUUGGCCCAGCAGCGUAAAGGUGGUGCGGGCAAGAUGGCACAAAUAACGCACGUCGCCGGCAAAGCGGUACAGCCGACGCAGCUGUUUCUGCAGGGUUCGAAAAAUAUCGCAUCCGGCACGACGAUGACGAUGCAGAAGGUGCAGCAUGUCAUACACCACGCGCAUCAAACCGGUGGACAGAUAGUGCUCGGUAAGACUGGUGUUAGCCGCAUGAUUCCAGUUUCCGUGUCACAGCAGCCCAAUCGGCAGGCGAUACAGGUGGUAUCAGCAACCUCCGCCGCGCAAGCAAUCGCUGCCGGCAAUAUAAGGAUGCAUGUACCGGGUCAGAAUAUCGGCACAAUUAAAAUGGCGGGAGCUACCACAUCCGCUCAGCAGCAGCAAGUAAUUCUCAAUGCGAUACAAAGCCAACAAUCGGCCCGUUCCAAUGCUAGUCCCGUGCGCCUGCAGACGACUCCCGGUGGAUCGCUAGUGGCCGUUACGGUUCAGCAGCCGCAACAGUUGCAGCAGCAACAACAACAACAGCAGCAACAAGUGGUUGCCACGGCCGUAACAUCAUCCACGAACGUAGCCCAAACGGUGGUAGGUACUGGUACCGAUCCUAACCAAUCUACCGUAACUGCUGCAGGAAGUGGUGUUGUCAGUGUUAGUAGCAACGCUGCCGGAACCGGCAACGGUCCAGUUCAAUCCCAGCCUGGCACAGGCGCGCAAAGUUCCGCACAGGUUAGUGCCGCCGCACAGCAGGUACUGACACUGCAACAGCAAAAUACUUCGCAGCAACACAUAACCACGACCAGCACAGGAAUUGUGCAGGCAGUAGCGGCUUCUGUCGAUGGUGGUACUACUACCGUGUCUACCACCGUCGGUGCGUCUACACCAGGGUCUGGUUCUGCAUCUUCCACCGGCACCACACAGGUGUCGUCCGCUGUAGUAGUGGCAAGUUCGACCGCUACUGCUAGUGGUCCGAAUAGUAGCGGUGUUGCCACAAACGCUACACAGUCCGGACAACAAUCGCCACAAGUGAGUAUGAUAAAAAAGAAGCAAUCACCGAAUGUUGCGAAGUAAGCAAACGUGUAGGAAAGGCGUAAAGAAAAGCUAAAUUGCUACAUAAUUAAUGUUAUGGUAGGUAUGGUUAGGAGAAAAUAAAAAGUUUGUGAGAUUA